AUGACUAGAUCCUGCUGUCUUCGCCAGAUCCUGAUAUGUUCUUUUAGUAUUUUCUGCCUUCUUAUGAUAUUUAUAACAGAAGCCUUUCUUCGCUAUCGUCUCCAAGUUAGCGAUUCCCGUCCGAUUUCAUGGACGUCGGGAUCUCACCAAAACAAUCUGUCCAUCGCGCCCGACGCAGUAACCCCAGCAGCCCCAGGAACUCCGUACAAGCCCAAGGCUCACCACCCACCAUUACCAGCACCCGUUCCGGACUAUGGACUCUCUCAUACAGAGUGCCGAGCCAGAUUUCCCAAUCUCUUUGCUGAGUUGGGCCGGUCAGUUGCACUGCGAAAAGACCUGGGAAACGUCAGCCUUGCGGACAUCGAUUUGUCGUGGAAGCCGUAUGGGGCAGUGCGUGUUCUGAUAUACAACCAUAAGCUCUACAUCAUCGACUCGAAAUUCAACGGAGAGGGCUAUCAACGACCCCGACUUCUUGCUAUUCUACACCAACUCCACCGCGCCAUAGUAUCGUCACCCUCGCCCCUCCCAUCGAUAGAAUUCUCGUUCAGCGUAAACGAUAUAGCUGACGAAUCUCAUGCUCACCAUACUAUGUGGACUUUCUCACGACAUGUGUCUCUUGAUAAGGAAAUGUGGGUAAUGCCAGACUUUGGCUACUGGUCGUGGCCACUUGACCUGGUUGGCGAAUAUCAGCAAAUACGCAGUGAUAUGCGAGGUAGCGAAUUAGACUGGGAGAAGAAAAUACCAAAGUUACUCUGGCGAGGGGCUGUUAAGACAAACGAGGAAGUGAGGGGUGCACUUAUGAGGGUUGCAAAAGGGAAAUCGUGGGCAGAUGUGGAUCAAGUGACCUGGAAAAGCAGGAAAGAUGUGACUGCGGGGAGUGAUGCUUUGCCAAUUAAGGAUCACUGCAAGUAUCAGUUCCUCAUGCACACUGAAGGACGUAGUUACUCUGGUCGGGGGAAAUACCUUCUCAACUGCGCGUCCGUUAUGAUAACACACAAAGCCGAAUGGAUUGAGCCUCAUUCGCACCUGUACAUUUCUUCUGGACCAGACCAAAAUGUUGUAGAAGUAGAGCGCGACUUUUCUGACCUCGAAGCAAAAGUACAAGAGCUAUUACAGAAUCCAGAGCGCGCAAAAGCUAUUGUAAAGAAUAGCAUAGCAACGUUUCGGGAUAGGUAUCUGUUACCUGAUGCUGUGUCAUGUUAUUGGAGGGAGCUGUUCAAGUCAUGGGCGGAUGUGAGCUUCCAGCCAGACCCGUGGGAGUUCGAUGCAGAUGGGAAAGAGAGGAUAAGGGGAGUUCCAUUUGAGACAUUUGUGAUUCAAGCACUCGAGUUGGACCAAUGCUCUUGGUGGAAGAAGAUGACGCUUCGGUGCUAG